AUGGAGAUGAUGACGAAGGUUCAGAAAAAGAGGAUGAUAAGGAGAAAGCAGGAGUUGAAGAUGACAAUGCUUAUUGAAGAGAAGCUUAUAUUAGCAGGCAAUUACACCAAACACCUUGACCGUGUUCUUGAGGAAGCAGCUGCUGAGUUUCAUCCACAUGAUAAAUUUUUACAGUGCUGCAAAGAUUGCACUCAACAGAGAAGUCCAAGAUUUGAUCCCUUGAAGUCCUCAACCAUUGAAGCUGUAAGUCUUGGGGCAGAAAGACUCAACAUUAGUUCUAAUGCUUUUGAGUGGACAAUGCAGGGUGGUGGUGGGGGUGCUAAUGGAGCUGAUCUGGUGUUAGAUGCUGGAAGCUUAUUUCAUCAAAGAUGGUCGCAUGUGUUUUGCCUAGCAAUAGAACCAAUGAUUAUACCUAAAGAUGACAGGAAUAUUGAUCGGUCCGAAAUUAGAGUCCUUUUGACCUUACCCUGCAUAGCAACAAAUGCAAAACCUCAUAAAUUAGUUACCAAAUUGAUUCAUCGUUACUCUACUACGCCUCCAUUAGUCUACACUAAGAAUGAUGAUGCUCAAAGCAAUCUCAUAGCUGACAACAGGUUAUUUCUUGUGAAAUUCUCUAUUGGAGAGCUGCCAGUUCAAAAACUAGCUGCGAUGGAUACUGGCAGUGGUCUCGUAUGGGUUCAAUGCGAAGGCUGCAAAGAUUGCUUCACACAAAGAAGUUCAAGAUUUGAUCCCUUCAACUCCUCAAUGUAUCUUAGUUUACCAUGCUCGCAUGAUUCAUGUGAUCAUCGAUAUAUCUCUCGAUGCAAUCCUGACAUUCCUGGCAGUUGCACGUAUUUUAUGUCCUAUGGUGACUAUACUACAAAUGGGGAGAGUAAUAGUGAAAAAUGGGAUGGAAUAUUUGGAUUAGGAAAUUUCCUGAAUGGAUCGAUAGUAAAGAAACUAGGCAACAGAUUUUCUUAUUGCAUCGACAAAGUAAAUGAUCCUUCGUACAAUUUCAAUCGAUUGACCAUAGGUGAUGGGGUGAUUUUCGAAGGUUAUUCAACCCCUUUAGAAGCAGGACUCCAUUAUUACGUAACGCUUGAAGACAUAAGUUCUGAUGAAGCAAGACUCGGCAUAGAUCCUAAUGCUUUCGAGAAGAAAUCGGACAGUGAUGCCCUGGUGUACAACCUAGUCAGGAAAAGAGUUUCAUAUCUCUUGGAUGGAAAGUUCAGACAACAUGUGUAUACAGAGGAUCCAUGGAUGUUGUGUUAUGAGGGAAUCGCAAGCCGAGACGUUCAAGGAUUUCCUGUCCUGACGUUUCAUUUAGCUAAUGGAGCUGAUCUAGUGUCAGAUUCUGAAAGCUUAUUUUUUCCAGUUGAACCAAAUGUAUUCUGCCUAUCCAUGCAACCGUCAGGAAAUGGAGAACCAUCCGUGAUUGGAGUAAUGGCUCAACCAUAUUAUAAUGUGGCUUUCGACCUCCAAGAAAAGAAGAUUUAUCUCCAAAGAAUUGAUUGUCAGCUACUCGAUGAUUAA